AUUUAUCUCAAUUCCCCAAAUUUACGAAUUCAGGGAUUCCAAUCCGAAAAUGGCGACCGCAAGAGUAGAUCUGGACGGCAAUGCGAUUAAGCCGAUUACGAUAUGCAUGAUCGGCGCCGGCGGCUUCAUCGGCUCGCAUCUCUGCGAGUACUUGAUGGACGAGACUGCUCACAGGAUUCUCGCCGUCGACGUCUACAAUGACAAGAUCAAGCACCUCCUCGAGCCGACCUCGCAGUGGGGAGACCGCAUCCAGUUCCACCGCCUCAACAUUAAGAACGACUCGCGUCUCGAAGGCCUCAUCCGCAUGGCAGAUCUCACCAUCAAUCUUGCUGCUAUAUGUACUCCAGCUGAUUAUAACACGCGUCCACUUGAUACAAUUUACAGCAAUUUCAUCGAUGCUCUGCCUGUGGUCAAAUACUGUUCAGAAAACAACAAGCGUCUCAUACAUUUCUCCACUUGUGAAAUUUAUGGGAAAACCAUUGGUGCUUUCUUGCCAAAAGAUAGCCCACUACGGCAGGAUCCGAAUUAUUUUCUGCUCAAGGAGGAUGAAUCCCCUUGCAUUUUUGGCCCCAUUGAGAAGCAGAGGUGGUCAUAUGCUUGUGCCAAGCAGUUGAUUGAGAGAUUGAUUUAUGCUGAGGGUGCUGAGAACGGUCUUGAAUUUACAAUUGUGAGGCCCUUCAACUGGAUUGGUCCCAGGAUGGAUUUCAUUCCUGGUAUUGAUGGCCCCAGCGAAGGUGUUCCGAGAGUUCUCGCUUGCUUUAGCAAUAAUCUCUUGAGGCGUGAACCACUGAAGCUUGUUGACGGGGGACAGUCACAGAGAACCUUCGUUUACAUUAAGGAUGCUAUUGAGGCUGUUAUUUUGAUGAUUGAAAACCCAGCUAGGGCUAAUGGCCAUAUUUUCAAUGUGGGCAACCCAAACAACGAAGUUACAGUAAGGCAGCUUGCUGAAAUGAUGACUCAGGUUUACGCGAAGGUGAGCGGUGAAUCAUCACUAGACACACCAACGGUAGAUGUGAGUUCAAAAGAGUUUUAUGGCGAAGGAUACGAUGACAGUGAUAAGAGAAUUCCAGACAUGACUAUCAUCAACAAACAACUUGGAUGGAAUCCGAAGACGUCGCUCUUUGACCUGCUGGAGUCGACCCUUACCUACCAACACAGGACGUAUGCUGAGGCAGUGAAGAAGGCAACCUCAAAACCCGUGGCAAGUUGAGCACUAAAUAUAGUGCAUUGGUUUAUGUUCUAUUCUAUGUGCUGUGCUCUCUCCAUAUUCAUUUCUCUCUCAUAAACAAUAUUCUUUCUUCGCCUCACAAGCCUAUAGGCUACACGGUUGUAAUGAUCGUCGAUAUCUUGUAUUUGUCUAAUAUCUUUUGACAAGUUUCCUUCACUAGAUAUAAACCUUACCUCCAUUAAAUUUUUGGUGAUGAAAAGUUUUAGAGGGGGUUUGCUAGUUACUUGUUGCUCUAGUUUGCCUUGAAGAGAGCCAGCUCAUGUAUUGUUUUGUUCUUAAACGAUUUUAGUCUAUCAUUUCUCAUUA